AUGCUGCUGCUGUUGUUGUUAUUAUCACGUACAAUCAAACACAAUUCCAUACCAAUUAAAAAACCUUUAUUUACAUUUACACCAACAUCCACAUCCACAUCCAGAUCUAUUUCUAUUUCUACUUCUUCUACUUGUAAUAUCAUCCGUUAUUAUCAUUCUCAAGAUCAUAUAAAUAUUAAUACUAUUGAUAAUAAUAAUAAAAUUGAUGAUCAAAUAUUAACUACAGCAAUUAAAUAUAUUCCUGAAUAUGGGUUUCAAUCUCAAUGUAUUACUAAAGCCAUUAAAGAAUUGAAAUAUCCUGAUUCAAUGAAUUCUCUUUUCACAUUUAAAAAAAGUGAAUCUAAUCAAUCAUUGGAAUUGCAAUUAAUGAUUCAUUGGUUAAAAUUACAACGGUAUAAUUUAGAAAAAUAUAUUGAAAAAAAUCCAACCCCAGGUAGUAGUAGUAGUAGUAGUACCCUGUAUGAGGAUAGAUUAAUUGAAUUAAUUAAUGUUCGAUUAUCUUAUAAUAAACCGAUUUUAAAUCAAUUAAAAACUACGGGAAUCAGUCAAUUAAUCUUACCUUAUAAUUUAACUCAAGGAUUAAAUGAAUUAUAUUUAUUAAGUGAUGAUUUAGCUUUUUAUCUGGGAGAUGAAUCUAAUGAUUUUAGUUGGUAUAGUAAACGAUUAAGUAUUGCUUCAAUUUAUGUUAGCUCAGAAUUAUUUAUGUUGAAUGAUAAUACAAAAGAUUUUGAAUUGACUCAACGGUUUAUAAAACAAAGAGUUUAUGAUUUGAAAAAAUUAAGUGAUGGUUAUAAUAAUAUUGAACAAUGGUUGGGAUUUAAUGGUAUUAGUUUUAUUAAUUUAAUUAAAUCUCAAUUAACCAGAGGUUAA